AUGCGGCGGCUUCCGUUCUACACCAGCCUGGUGGCAGCGAUCCUUUUCCCAUGUCAGGUCUUUCCAACGAGCACAUUAUACUGCGAAUUCGAUAACAACAACUGCAUCGACGGCUUGGCCCAAUCUACUUCAUCUUUCCGUCUACAAAAUAUCUCGAUACCGCUUUCUUUUGUCUAUAGUUUCGAUGCUGGGCGGUCUCCACAGGACGGAAAAUCGUCAAUUAAAGUGGGCUACUGGCUCCAGUACGACUCGGAUGUGAUCAGAAACCAGCUUCACGACUCUCCUAGCAUUAACCGGACCACCGAAUUUGGACUUCGCCUGCUGAAUAUCCGGGGCUGGAUUGGCGGCCACCAUCAUGGGUGUAAAGCCGUCUGGGGGCCUCAAUGCUCUCAGAGCUUAAAGUCAUACCUACAACAAUCCAUUUAUAACCUGAGUACAUCCAAGCUGCCAUAUGAGAGUGCUCUCGAAACGGUUUUGAAAUCAUUCAUCGAUAAUCCGGACAUGUCCAUUGAAGGAUGCCCAUCAAAAAUGUUCCUCGCAGUUGACAUUCCUACAACCCCUUUCAUCAACGAAACCUCAAGCAUUGGUAAACCCAACAAUAUUCAGAUUGCGGACCCUGGCAACCCGUUCUGCCCGUCGAGAACGACAUACCUUCCCAACACCACCCCCGAUCAGCAAGCCAUGCAGAUUGUCCUCGGCAUUGCUGCCCGCAGUCCAACAUAUGGAUCUGAAUCAUUACAUGGGCCGCAAGAUGUUGAUGUCGAUUUGGUUUGUACAAAAGCCCCUAAGCAUAUCCCCAAUGAAGUCUGGCCCGGUGGUCCUGGAGGCGAUGACGGCCACGACGACCAUGAUGGCCAAUAUGCAAAUCCAAGUAUGCCGGCAUACAACCCCUUUUUAGGGAACCGUGCGACUGUAGUCGAUGCUUUCGACUUUGACUCUGAUUACGAUUUUGAUGAUGACGAAGAGGCGGACGAAGAUUGCCCCUCUUCUGAGAUUUGA